CAGCCUACUGCUGCUGGACGGUAGGCUUACUGAAAUAAUAAGGACCUCAUAGUCAUACUUCAAUCGGAUUUUUGACGAAAAUCAUAAUAAGACAUAGACAACUAUUAAUAAGUAAAUCAGCGGAAUUCUCGUCAUAAAUAGCUUAAAAUUUGUGAAUCCUUUUCUGGUAGUAAUUAGAGGAUCUUUUCCAUGCGUACAGACAGAUAAUUUCCAGCGCAGCCCGGAUCUGAGUUACUUAUCUGACUCUGAGGCUGAGCCGCGGCUAGCGGCUGCUAUCGCUUUAUCGGGGUGGACCGGGCGGAACGCGAUGGCCUGUAUCGCUGGCAGUAGACGUGAGGAUGAGGAUGAGGAGAAGACCCAAAAUGAGAUGAUACGUCCCUCUCCAAAUAAUUUUACAGAUAAUCAUGAUGGUGGAGGCAAGCAGGCCAAUGAAUAUCUGUUACAGACUUUAGAUGCUUUGGAAGUUCGUGUUGAGAAAAUGAGGGAGACGGCCAGAUCUAUCGAUGAUGAAAAGACCCGUUUGUUGGACUCUCUAAACACAAUGAUGCAGAGCGAGGCUAUUGAUCAUCUGUCAAAAGCUGAGCGUGAAGAGCUUGGACUUUACAUUGAUCGUCUUGUCACUCGCUGCUUGACGGUAGACAUCAACAUCCAAACUAUCCGAACACUUGCACAGGAGGAAUCCCUAUUGAAGGUCAAAGGUUAUCUGCGUGAUCUCAUCGACACUUUACAAUCUAACCUGGAGCAGAGUAGCCAACGGGUCAAGCUCUAUCUGAAUAGUUGCCUUGGUGGGACCGAGAUGGGGCCCAUUGAUGAAAGGUUCCAGGGUGCCCUCUUAGGUUGUGCUGCCGAGGACCAGAAAAUGAUCAGGAAGAAAUUGCAGGAGAUCAAAGACUCCUUAAGUGAGACUAAUGCCUUUAUAUCAAGGCUUCAAGCUCUGAAAUUAGAUUUAUAAUGCAAGGCUAUUAUAAAUAUUUCAUUUCUUUAAUCUGUUACCUACUGGAAGAACUGGAAGAAGCCCUUUGGAAUCUCACAAGUUAACAGUGAUUGUUGAUAUUUUACUUUCAAUGCUCAUAAUUCUGCAGUUUUGUUUAUUAGUGUGCAACUAUUUUAAAAUAAAUGACAUCUUAAGGAAUAAAAUCUGAACAUAAUGAAUUGUCCCAAUGUGUAUAUUGUUCAAGCCUUACAGAGUAAACUGUUUUAUUGUUUUGUUUGUUAUUUAUGGCAAUAUAAACAUCAAACCUUUCCUUUUUAAUAGUAGAGUUUAAAAGUAAAUAUCGGAGAGGGGGGGGGGGGUUAUUUUUAAAACUGUUUUAACCACCAAGGUUUAUGGGAAAUUGUGUUAUGCAAAAUAUUAUUUAAAAUCAGGAAUAUUUCUAGAUUACAGUACUUACAUGUAUCCCUUUUUCCACUUCUUAACAGUACUGUUUUAAUACAAAGGGGAUGAAAUGUUUUUAAAUGAUUGACCCAUCAUAAGUAGGCUAGCUAUUAAAGCCAACCCAAGACCUUUUAAUUCCUGAAACUAGGAAGCGGUGUUGAUUAAGCUGAUUUCUGAUAAUCCAGUAAUCUUGAUUGUACAAAUCAUUUGAUUAUUUACAAUCAUUAUGGCAGGCCAUGAAGUGACAAAAAGGGAAAUUGGUCCCAGGCCUAAUAACCACUGAGAUUAUGUUCUCACUGUAUUGGUAACAUUUGAUCUCCCCAUUCCUGGCGAGAACUUUGCAGAAUCCAGCUAAUCAAUAUAUGAGAGAAUGAUUAGCAGAGCAUUAAUGCUGAUGUCAGCAAAUUGUUAUCUUUUUUUC